AUGUCUGAAAAAACCAUAUAUGAUGCAUGCAAUGAUCUAAUAACAGAAUUAAAUCAAUACAGAACACUAAGUGCCGACGAAGUUUUAUCUGCCAAAAUAGAUCACCUAGUGCCUAUACCAUUUGUAACAAGAGAAGAAUUUGAACAAUAUAGUGAUUCUAUUACUACUAAUAAUAUUCAUAAUAGUAUUAUAUCUAGUAUAGACCUGAGAGUCUUGCAGUAUUUUUUAAAUAAGUUAAUUACUGAAAAAUAUCCAACUUUACUUAAUUCCUUUGAUGAAACUAGCUUAUUGACUUUGGGUAUACUUAUAGAAAGUUGGAUAGCUGAAUAUUCUACUGUUGAUGAUGAUACUAGUAUAGGCAAUGAAAAAGAUCGUGAUGAUAAUGAUUUCAUAACGGAUAUAUAUAGGGAUUUUGAGUUUCGAGAAGAUGAUGAGGGAAACGAGGAUUAUGUACAAUAUCAGCACGAAGAUGACAGUGAUAAUUAA